AUGCGGAAGGCAGUGCAGACCGCGGACUACAUCCCCCAGCGUGCCCCGCGGCGCUCCGUGACGUUCCGCCUUCCAUUGGUCCUGCGCAGCGGCGUGUUCAUUCCCGCCCCGGCUCUGGCCGUGCUGGCGCUGGCGCUGCUGGGCGGGGUUCAGUGCCUGGGGCUGGGGUGGUAUUGCCGGCUUUUGGCUCCGCCUGGCCCGGCCCCGGCCCCGGCCCCGACCCCGGCCCCGACCCCGACCCCGGCCCCGACACCCACACCCACACCCUCUUUGUCUCUGGCCUCGGAGUCUCUCCAACGCCUGCAGGAUCUGACCGGCGAUGGAGGGGUGCGCAAGGAGCAGCUGCGCCCCGGCACCGGGCAGCCCGUGCCCCCAUCCGCCUCCGUGGCAGUGAAGUACUCUGGCUACCUGGGAAAUUGGAAUAAGCUCUUCUGUUCAAAUGGGAACAGCAAGUAUCCAAGGCUGAUGAAACUUGGGAAAGACAUCACAGUGUGGGGGCUGGAGAUCGGGCUGCUGUCUAUGACCAAAGGAGAGGCUGCGCUGUUCGUCCUCGCUCCAGAAUACGCCUAUGGCCAGCGGGGCUGUCCUCCCUCCAUCCCCCCAAACACCACGGUCCUCUUCAAGGUGGAGGUGUUGGACUUCAUAGACUCAGAGGAGUGCGACGCCUUCUUUGAGUUGACUUACGAACAGCGGGAGAGACUUCCUCUGGAAAAGGUGUUGAAAGUGGCAGCCACAGAGAGAGAGUUUGGCAACUACUUCUUCUAUAAGCAGUGCUUCAAGAUUGCCAAAGACAGAUACAAGAGGGCACUCUCCAUCCUGGGUCGCAGCUCUUCCAGUAAGGCAGAGCAGAGCCAGAUCAACGCUUCCAAACUGCUGCUGUUCCUGAAUCUCUCACUCACCUACCUGAAACUGGAACGUGCUGACCGAGCUUUGAAAUACGGGGAGUUAGCCUUGGAGAUGGACCCAGGAAAUGCCAAAGCGCUGUUCAGGUGUGGCCAGGCUUGUCUCUACAUGAGGGAGUACAGCAAAUCCCGGGAUUUCCUGGCCAGAGCUCAGUGCAUCCAGCCCUUCAACCGUGAUAUCAACAAUGAGCUGAAGAAGUUAGCAAGAUACUACAAGGAGUACAUGGAAAUGGAGAAAGAAAUGUGCUGCCAGAUGUUUGACUCUCUCAAUUCUUAUGGCUGAGAAGAAAUCAAGGACUGUUGCAGCUGUCCACUUUUUGGCACAUGGAGAUCUCAGCAUCACAUACAAGUUUUCGGAAAAGGAGCAGAAACACUGUCUUACUUCAAAGACUGAAGGUUCAGUGUUUAUACACAACCUCAUUUUCCCAAAGUUUUGUUUGUUUGCUAUGUUUUGAGGCAGUUUCCAGAAUAAUUUAAUCUGUGCUGUUGGAGAGAGGAAUGGGUCUGUGUAAAUUCCUUCUCUUCUCCCAUGCACGCUGUUUGAAGAAAACUCUUUCCUCAUGUCCUGCCUCUUGCAGAUAGAUUCCAGGCUGCUUUCAGAGAAUUUGUAAGUGGGAAGAGGAUGCCAUGAAGUUUUCUAUUUACACAGGUUGUUCUUAAAAAAAAAAAAGUUUGAUAUUUUUGUUCUGAGGAAAUAAACCAAC